GACUGACUGAAGGUCUGAUGCACCUGCUGAUCCUGCUGGUCGAUGUUUGACUUUGUGUCGCUCCUCCUUCAUAACCACAAAACCCUGCUUUAAAACUCACUGAAACCCAGUCAGUCGCAGGCCAGCAGACCCUCUUUAUUGAUAUAUUAUUUCAAAAGAGUCAAACAUGGAGACAGCUUUCUCACAUCCACCCCAAUCCAGCAGCAGUAAGAGGAAAGUGAUCGCGGUGGUGGGAGGCGGUUUGGUUGGAUCUUUGAACGCCUGCUUUCUUGCCAAACGGGGUUUUGAUGUUGAAGUCUAUGAAUCUCGGGAAGAUAUUCGGCAGGCUAAAGUCGUGAAGGGUCGAAGCAUCAACCUGGCCCUUUCCCACAGGGGACGGCAGGCCUUAAAACAUGUGGGGAUGGAGGAUAAGAUCGUCUCUAAAGGUAUCCCAAUGCAUGCUCGCAUGAUCCAUAAUGUGAAUGGAAAACGUUCCCCAAUACCCUAUGGCAAGAAGGGACAGUACAUCCUCUCCGUGGACAGAGCAAACCUCAACAAAGAGCUGCUAACAGCGGCAGAAGCAUAUCCAAACACUAGACUGAACUUUAAUCACAAGCUGCACGACUGGAGUCCAAAAACAGGAACAAUGACCUUUAUUGGAUCCGAUGGCCAGAAGACGGAGACACAGGCUGAUCUGAUCGUAGGCUGUGAUGGAGCUUUUUCAGCUGUCAGGAAACAGUUCCUUCGGCAAAGUCGCUUCAAUUACAGCCAGACGUACAUUCCCCAUGGGUAUAUGGAGCUCACCAUGCCUCCGAAAGAUGGAGAUUUUGCAAUGGAGCCCAAUUAUUUGCACAUUUGGCCCAGGAACACUUUCAUGAUGAUUGCCCUGCCCAACUUGGACAGGACGUUCACAUGCACCCUCUUCAUGCCCUUUGAAGACUUCGAGAAGAUCCGCACCGGCGACGAGCUCCUCCGCUUCUUCCACAAAUACUUCCCUGACUCUGUGCCUCUGAUAGGAGUCGAGGCUCUGAAGCAGGAUUUCUUCCGUCUGCCAGCUCAGGCCAUGGUCUCCGUCAAGUGCUGCCCGUAUCAUCUGUUUGAGAAGUGUGUGCUGAUGGGAGACGCGGCCCACGCUGUCGUGCCUUUCUAUGGGCAAGGCAUGAAUGCAGGCUUUGAGGAUUGUUUAGUUUUUGAUGAGAUAAUGGACCAGUUCAAUGAAAACCUUGCGGCUGUGCUUCAGGAAUACACCAGAGUCCGUGUUCCUGAUGAUCACGCCAUCGCUGACCUGGCCAUGUACAACUAUAUCGAGAUGAGAGCACACGUCAAUUCCAAGUACUUCAUCUUUCGAAAAUACCUGGACAAUCUUCUGCACUUCUUCAUGCCACAGACUAUCGUUCCACUUUACACAAUGGUCACAUUCACCAGAACACGCUACAAUGAUGCUGUGAACCGUUGGCAUUGGCAAAAUAAGGUGAUCACUCGGGGUCUGUGGCUGUGUGGAUUUGUGUCUGCUGCUGGCGGGACGUAUGUGUUGGUCAAAAACUCUCACAAACUGCCCAGUAUCUCUGCAGAGCAGCUGUGGACCCGCAUACUUGCUUUAAAGCUCUUCUGAAAUGAAGAAAUCCCAAUACACUGGAAACACACUGCCGUUUAGUAUAGCCUUGACACAUCAUUGCCUUGUCAAAGAAGAAAUCUUUGGCUUUUUAAUAGACCAAAAUUGAAGACCUAGACCCUGUUUACACCUGGUGUUAGGAUGCAUUUUGUUAAAUUGGAACACAGUUAUAUGAGGGAGAACAUUUCCGUUUACAACUGGUGUUUUAAUUCGUCUCUUCUGUCCAUCUUUAACCAUUUUCUUGAUGUAUGGCCUCUUUUUCAUUCUAAAGGUUUCUACAGGUUUCACCAUUUUAAAAUUAAGACUUUUAAACACAUUUUUAAAGACCAUUAUAAAUAAAAUUUUAGAUAUUCAGGACUUAAUGCUUAUGUUGGCCUGGUUUCCAUAAAAAAAUUAUAAUUAUUUCUUAGUCACAUUUUUUAAACAAUGAGCCAAACAAGCAACCCCUAGUUGUAUACAUACACACAUCUUUCGUAAUUUUUUUGAAAAGCAUUAAAAAACUGUAUUAAAUGAAAUGUAUUAUAUGCACAACA